CAUGAAUCUGGAGAGGGGCACGUAAGCAUGGAUUAUGACAGCCUAGACCAAAGUGAAACUACUAUCCCACCCUCAACAUGAGAAGGAGAGGGAUAGGAGAGAGGAACAGCUCGGGCUGUGUACAGACACACAGACUGUCAGUCCUGCAAGAGGUUGUCUGGCCGAGUCUAGACAAGACUACAGGAACUGCAGUGGUAAUGUACACCUCUGUGCUGAUCGUGGGCUCUGUGCUGGGCGUGUUGGCUGUGACUACGGAGCCGGCUCAAGAAAUAGGAGAGAAGCCCUCUGAGCAGCCCAUGCCCUGUUCUAAGGGCUGCACCUGCCUGCUCGAUGACUACAGCUCCGAGCUCAAUGUCUACUGCAGCUCUCGCAACCUGACGCACGUCCCGUCCGACAUCCCCUCCUCCACUCACUCUCUGUGGCUGGACGGCAACCUCUUCACUUCCCUCCCAGCCUCUGCCAUCAAAGGCCUGCCGGGGCUGGACUUCCUCAACCUGCAGAGCGGUCAGCUGACCAGCAUUGACCCCCACGCCUUUCGUGGGCUCCGGUCCCUGGCCCACCUGCACCUGGAGCGCAACCAGCUGCGUUCCCUGCCUGCCGCGGUCUUUCAGAGCGUUCCACACCUGGCCUCCCUCAGUCUGCAGAACAACCAGCUGCUGAGGAUCGAGGAGGGACUGUUCUCUGGGUUGGCCAGCGUUUGGCUCCUCAAUCUGGGCUGGAACGCCUUGGUGGUGCUUCCAGAGAACAGCUUCCAGGACCUGCUGGGCCUGAGGGAGCUGAUUCUGGCUGGCAACAGGCUGGCAUACCUGCAGCCCCAGCUCUUUCAGGGCCUUACUGAGCUCAAAGAAUUAGACCUCACAGGCAACUCCCUGAAGGUGAUCAAGGCGAACGUAUUUUUGAAGCUGCAGAAGCUCCAGAAGCUCUAUCUAGCCCAAAAUCAGAUUCACACUGUGGCACCCCGGGCUUUCAUGGGUAUGAAGUCCCUCCGCUGGCUAGAUCUCACCAACAACCGGCUGUCUAGUGUCCAUGAGGAGACGUUCCUGGGCCUACAUAGCCUCCACGUUCUCCGACUAUCCAACAACUCCAUCAGCAACCUGCGUCCUCGCAGCUUCCGGGACCUGCAGUACCUGGAGGAGCUGCGACUGAGCUACAACAAAAUCAAAGCCCUUGGGGAGCGGAUUUUUGAGGGGCUGAAUCACCUGGAGGUUUUGGAGCUGGAGCAUAACCAGAUUCAGGAAGCUCGCAUGGGCACUUUCCUCGGCCUUCCCCACCUGGCAGUUAUAAAUCUGUCAGGCAGCUGCUUCAAGAACCUCCCGGAUCACGUCUUCAAGGGCUUGUCUAAGCUCCACAGCCUCCACUUGGAUAAAGGUUGCCUCACCAGAAUCUCAACUCAGGCUCUGUCUGGACUGAUGGGACUCAAGCGACUCUUUCUCCAGUACAACAAUAUCUCCCUGAUAGAGCGACAUAGCUUCCUGGAACUCCCUGCACUUCAGCAGCUGGAUCUCCGGUUUAACAAGCUGGAGUCUCUGUCCUCUCACAUGCUCAAUGGCUUAAAAAACCUGGAUUACCUUCUGCUGGCUGGCAAUCUAAUACAGCAAGUCCCUGCAGAGAUUUUCAUACCCCUACAGCGGCUCUCCUGGCUGGAUCUGUCUUCCAACAAGGUAGAACACCUCCAGAACGGUACCCUGCAGCUCCUGCCCAGGCUUCGGUAUCUUAACCUCAAGGACAACGCCCUCAGCAGCUUCCCCUCGGACAUUCCCGCCACCUUGGAGCAGUUAUGGCUAACUGGAAACAACUGGAAUUGUGACUGCACCUCCAGACACCUUAGGGAUUACAGCUUGAGCAAACCGCAAGUUGUCCCCCGUCAGGUGGAGACCCUGGCUGAAGGAGAGGAGCCUCACAUGGUCGUCCAAGUCUUCAACAACAUCACCUGCAGCAGCCCGUCCAGUUUCGCAGGCAUUGACCUGCGGGAUGUCAGCAGUGAACACUUCCAAAACUGUUAAGAGGGGUGAACAGAGAGAAUAAGGGGUGGGGGGAAAUUUGGUCCAACCUAGAGAUUCAUCAAGGUGUUCAGGGUCUCCUUUGUAAUUAAACGCAGACAAACCCAUAUUAAAACAGUGAAUGGCUUGACACAGGGCUUUGCCACCCUGAUCCCGCAGAGCAGAAGUUCUAGUCGUGAGGGUUUUAUGGGAAAGCAAGUUAUUACACCUCCCAGUUAAGCAACAUAUUGGUUCAAUUAAGUAAUUUACCUGGAACAAAAAUAAGAAGAACCUGUGGCUCUGUUGCAGACCCUUGACUAAAGAGUGAAUACAAACUGCGCACGAAACAGCAGAAACAAACAAACAGUUCCAGGCAGUUGGGCCUUGUAUAGCUGAUGAUCAUCCAGGUCCACAGUAUUUAUGGGGUGCUUAGUCAGACGUGGUAGGGCUGGGUAAGUCAACCAGGCAGGCUUUUGCUGCUAGAUCUUAAUCCCUUUCUGCAGGGGGAAUUGUAAACUAAGAAUCUUUUUUUAAAAUUAGGAAGGCAGGAGACCCAGCCUGGCCAUGCGCAGGGCUCAGAAGAGCAGAGAUGCAGUGUGACGGCCCUGCUCUGUUCCCUCGUCCCUAAUCAAGCUUCUUUGUUUGUGCUUAGUCACCCCAGGUGCCAAGACAAGCAGAAGCAGAUAAAGACCUGCCUUCUCUCCAAAACCUGGCUCCAACAGAUUGCUGGAACCGAGCUAUUUAUAGAUUAACCCUGAAGUAAGCCCGUUCUGUUGGUUUUGGAGCCAAAACUCUGUAAACAUCCUUUGCGGUGGUUAAAAAGAAAUAGCAACAGAACAAGAGCAUUAAAAAACAAAAAAAACAUUUACGUUUACGCUUCAGGGUUCACUCUGCUGCUGGUGUUGCCAGUGGCACUGGUUAGCAAUGAGAAGGCAAAUAAGCUGCAAACAGGAGCGUCAUUAUCUCCCUUUUAACAAAUGUUGCAUCUGUCCCAUGUAGGGCAAUGGUUGACAGAUAUGUCAUGUUUUACAGCAUAAUUACAAGAAGAAAAGCAUUUCACACAUCCUUUCUCACCUUCCAGCUCUCCGAUAUUUCAUUUUGCCUGCCUUGGUUAUCUGGAUUUCUGAUUACUGCCCAUUGUGGUUUCCCGCAGCACAAUUCUUAAAAAGGAGGUGCAUUUCCCCUCUCUCAUUGAAAGACUAGAAAAAACAUGAAUGCUUUAAAAUGGUUUCUGCUCUAUCACAAUUCUGCAGGAUUCAAUAUGGCCACAUUAAUACUAUGGUAAAUCUUUUGUGUAGCUAUUUAAACAUCUGUGAGCAUAGAACACCUUUUGCAAUGUAUCAGCUUUGCAACAGUGUUAGUUGCUCAAAACCAUGUGUGACCUGCAUUGACAUUACUGUAUAAGUCUAUUUCUACCAAUUUUGUGCAGAAUAAUUGGUAGAAAUAGACUACCAAUAUGGACGAACAAUAUAUGAACCUAUACCUUUUCCAUUUCUGUUAUUACCACAAGAAAACACUGAACUAGGAGGUUGGCUCUCCAUGCUCUACAAUUGCUGCCUAAAAAUGUAAAAGUGCCUUUUGUGUUUUAAUCUUAUUUUACCAUUUAAAUAAGUUGCCCAGAGACUAGAGGGUUCAAUGUGAUACAGCUGGAAUUAGAAUAAAGUAAAUAUUUACAGAGGGAAUAGAUAAAAAUGGGAAAGUAAAGUGUUUCAACAGUUAAAGGGACAGCAGAGAGAACAGUUGGACAGUUCUUACUGUCCCUGAACAGGUUAAGAACUCCAGUGGAACUGGCUGCAGAAGCCAAUAUCAUGAAAUAAAGGACCCAGUUUUUUUCUGCUUAAAACGCCCGGAGCCACUAGAUUUGCAUGUAUUUUUCCCUUUGAAGUGUUUCUGAAAGGUAUUGCUGAAAAUGACUGAAGUGAAAAGGGUGUCUAUAGUUAAUACUGUAGCGAUUGCUUUCUCAGACCUUGUUGAGCACUCAUUAAAAAAAAAUACAUUUAUCAAUUAACAUAAUUGUGCUGCUAGGGAGUUUAUACAACUUAUGGGUUUUUUUAUUUUAGCAGGCAGCAUGUCAGCCAGCCCUUGGUUAGUUAAGGCUUGGUUCAGGCAUUGCCACCUUUGUCAAUUUUACAAUAAAAUACAGUGAG